UCUUAAUUUCAUAUCAGUACCUUGUGACGAAAUUAAUAAAAGUUUGUGAUUUUAAAUACAUAAGUACGCAUUUUUAUUACUUGUGAUGGGUUUAAUAAAUUUAAUUCAAAAUUCAUUUCAGCAAUGGAUACUGCUAGUAAGCUUGGAGGGAAUGCCAAAAAAGACCUUGGGGAAGAUGCCUUGCUUCAUAAAUCUGAUAUGUCAGGUGUCAAAUGUGAUAUAGUCAAUGAAUGCCAGAUGUUCAUUAGGGCUGAAGACGGUGGUGGAGAUGCAAAUGUGAGCAUGACAAAUGAUAAGACCGAGAAUAAAAAUGAAAAACCAAAGUUUGUUACUUCAACUCCAGAGCAAAAAAGGGAAAGUACAUCAGAUAAUCAAAUAGCUGAUUCUAACCCUGAAUGUGAUAUUGAAGGAGUACCAGAUCUACCUAUGGAUGAUGGUCUUCCUAGCACGGUUACAAUUCUCGACGCUCCUGAUGGUGGGAAAGUUUACUUAGUUGGCACUGCCCAUUUUAGCUUACAGUCACAGGAAGAUGUAUCUCGGGUUAUUCAAGAAGUAAAUCCUCACAUUGUCAUGGUAGAGUUAUGUGAACAGAGAACUAAUAUUUUAUUGUUGGAUGAAGAAAUUAUUUUACGAGAAGCAAAGAACAUUAACAUCAAAAAGAUAAGGGCUACUAUGGCUCAAAAUGGGGUAUUCAAUGGCUUAAUGUAUAUAUUAUUGCUCAAUAUGUCCGCACAUAUAACACGAGAGUUAGGAAUGGCACCAGGAGGAGAGUUUAGGCGUGCAAUGGCUGAGGCAAAGAAGAUUCCAAACUGUAUUGUUCAUUUAGGUGACCGGGCCAUUGACAUUACCCUUCAUCGAGCUAUAGCAUCAUUGUCUUGGGGACAGACUAUUAGAUUCAUUUGGCAUCUACUAACAUCAAAUCAGACUAUAAGUGUAGAAGAAGUGGAAAAGUGUAAACAGAAGAAAAUGCUAGAAGAUAUGCUGGAAGAAAUGGCUGAAGAAUUCCCAGCAUUGAAACGUGUUUUUGUUGUCGAGAGGGACAUGUAUCUUUGUUACUCUCUGCAGGUAGCGGCGUUACAAACACGUCCAGAGCCAUGUCGGAUAGUUGGUGUGGUGGGCAUCGGUCACGUCGCUGGAAUUGUGGAGCAUUGGGGCAAGAUUAAACAACAGGACAUAGCUCCACUACUUAAGUAAGUAAUAAAAUAUUCUAUGUAAUUCUUUUCCCAGAUAUCCUUCGUGAUAU